AUGAAUAGACUUGUGAUAAUCACGAAGUCUCGAGCUAUGGAGGUGCUGGUCUCAACAAAGCAAAGAGAUGGAAACAAGAGGCGGCUGCUCUUAGGUUUAAGAAAAGUCUUUUUGGAGCACUUUGGAGCAUUGGGACGUGAGGAGCAAGGAAGGACUUGGUGCAUGGAUUCAGCUCAACCGCACAAGCUUAGGAUGAAGAAGGAAGCCGUCUUGAAGACAGCUCGACCCAUCUACUCGACCGGCCAAGUUCCAACUCGAUCGAGCUGCGGAGUCAAUGGUCAAACCCGAAAAAUGUUGCUUCCCCUUUGA